CAGUGACGUCAUGGACUUUUGCAGAAGAGAAUGGAGUGUGUGAGAAAAUUUCGUUAAAAAUUGUGUUUUCUGCAGUUUUCCGCCACAAAGGGAUUUUAUUUUUUCCAACAAACCUUUCUAGAGACAUUCUUGUGUAUCAGCAAAUAGAUUUUCAUGGCUUUUCCAUCGCUAAAUGCCCAACAAGAAUUGAACAACCGGAAAAUUCUAGAGGAUCUGCAGAUUAAGAAGCAAUUGCUCCAAAAAGGUGUAUCACCAGUCGUGACAUCCAUUCCCAGCGUCCCAACGAACAAUUCACUCGGUUUACCUCAGUACAUGCAAAUGAGUCAACCACCAAGUGAUGUCAUCCUAAAUGCACCUGCCAGGGCAGCUUGGAAUCAAGCACAUACGCAAUCUUUUGGUUUCUUCGUACCUCAGGACUCUGCCUUCGGGAAUAGCAUCAUUCCCGUUUUGCCGCGCUUUGAGGCACCCCCUAAAUAGUUCUAAGUCUCCCUUAUCACUACCUGUCUUACUAAUAAGAAUCCCUUAAGUGUUUGUGUGUGAAAAUGGCGCGAAUAAAACUGAAAAAGUU